AUAGGUCGAUGAUAUCGGAAUUUCAUAGCACAGCCACCAUUGAGACUCGAUACUGCGAGCACAUUAUCUCUUAGCGUCUCCGCUCUCCUUGAUGCAAGCUGCAUUGCCUACCAUGGCGGCCCUCACUGUUCUGUCGGCUUUGCCACUCCAACCUCAACUUUCUCUGUUCGAAAAUCACAACGCAUCUCUUCAAUCUACCUUCCAUGGCGUCUCCCUCAAGCUCAAGCCAUCUCCUCACUCCUCAUCCCUUGCCGCCGCCCCCUCUAAGCCUCUCGUCGUCGCCGCCACCACCAAGAAAGCCGUCGCUGUCCUCAAAGGCAAUUCCGCCGUCGAAGGUGUCGUGACGUUGACCCAAGAAGACAAUGGCCCAACAACAGUUAAUGUCCGAGUUACUGGCCUUACUCCAGGGCCUCAUGGUUUUCAUCUACACGAGUAUGGUGAUACCACAAAUGGAUGUAUUUCAACGGGAGCACAUUUUAACCCUAAAAAUAUGACACACGGUGCUCCUGAGGAUGAAAUCCGUCAUGCGGGUGACCUGGGAAACAUAGUUGCUAAUGCUGAUGGAAUCGCAGAGGCAACCAUCACAGAUAAUCAGAUACCACUUAGUGGCCCCAAUUCAGUUGUUGGAAGGGCCUUUGUGGUUCACGAGCUUGAAGACGAUCUUGGGAAAGGUGGACAUGAACUUAGUUUGACCACUGGAAAUGCUGGUGGAAGAUUGGCAUGUGGCGUGGUCGGUUUGACUCCAGUUUAAAUGCAAAACUGAGCAAGAAGCAGUCGGGGCAUUUUAUGGUAUGUUUGCUUAUUAGCCACACAUGUAUUGUAGACUAUAUAUGGGGCAUGGUGUGCUCAUGAAGCCGAGUGUGAAAUUGAAUCGCGAAACAUAUUGGUCCAUUGUCAGAUUGUUAUGAUGUUUUUUGUGUGUCCUCCGUAAUAAGAUUGACUUCUCAUGCAGUCCUUGUUGGCUGCCUUUGGAUGGA